AUGGAACACCCAGCCGUCCUCCUCACUGUGGCUCUGGCUAUCCUGGCUUGUGGGACUGGGGCGCCUCUCCAAAAGCCACACAAGUUACUCCUCGUGUCCUUUGAUGGCUUCCGCUGGAACUAUGACCAAGAUGUGGACACCCCUAAUCUGGACGCCAUGGCUCAGGAAGGGGUAAAGGCACGAUACAUGACACCCGCCUUUGUCACCCUGACCAGCCCCUGCCACUUUACACUGGUCACUGGCAAAUACAUUGAGAACCAUGGGGUGGUUCACAACAUGUUCUACAACACCACCACCAAGGUGAGGUGGCCCUACCACACCACGCUGGGUAUCACGAACUGGUGGGACAACGGCAGCAUACCCAUCUGGAUCACAGCCCAGAGGCAGGGCUUAAAAACUGGCUCCUUCUUCUACCCUGGAGGGAACGUCACCUACCAAGGAGAGGCCGUGACCAUGAGCCGGAAGGAAGGAAUCUUCCACAAUUACAAAAACGAGACAGAGUGGAGGGAAAAUGUGGACACCGUGAUGAAGUGGUUCACAGAGGAGAACGUGGCCCUAGUCACUCUCUAUUUCGGGGAGCCAGACUCCACUGGCCACAAAUACGGCCCUGAGUCCCAGGAGAGGAAGGACAUAGUGAAACAGGUUGACAGGACUGUGGGCUACCUCCGGGACAGCAUCAAGCGCCACAGCCUCUCAGACAGCCUCAACCUGAUCAUCACAUCUGACCACGGCAUGACGACAGUCAAUCAGAAAGCCAACGACUUGGUGGAGUUCCACAAGUUCCCCAACUUCACCUUCAAGGACAUCGAGUUCGAGCUCUUAGACUAUGGGCCCAAUGGGAUGCUGAUCCCCAAGGAAGGGAUGCUGGAGAAGGUGUACAGCGUCCUCAAGGAUGCCCACCCCAGGCUGCACGUGUACAAGAAGGAAGAUUUCCCCAAGAGCUUCCACUACGCCAACAACUCGAGGAUCACGUCCCUGCUCAUGUACAGUGACCUUGGCUACGUCAUCCAUGGGAGAGUGAACGUCCAGUUCAACAAGGGUGAGCAUGGUUUCGACAACCAAAACAUGGAUAUGAAGACCAUCUUCCGGGCUGUGGGUCCCAGCUUCAAGGCAGGCCUGGAGGUGGAGCCCUUUGAGAGCAUCCAUGUGUACGAGCUCAUGUGUCAGCUGCUUGGCAUUGUUCCCGAGCCCAAUGAUGGGCAUCCUGGCACCCUGCAACCCAUGCUUCAAUCAGGGUCCGCUCUCCCACUCAGUGGUGGGCUCCACUUGAUGAUGAUGUUGCUGGGGAUCCUGAUGGUUCUGGCCAAUACAUAA